AUGUCGGCACUCAUGUUGCAGAGCCCUGACACCGCCGCCGUGGGCCUCUUUGCCCGCAACGAAAUCGGCAUUUGCUACGUGCUGGCUUGGUGGGCUUAUCACUACUUCCCUGGCGGCUGGGUGGCGCGAGCGGCAGACUUGCCGCCGUUCCGCGCCGCCUGCAAGGUUGCCCGCUCCAUCCUGCGAGCCAACACCGUGGUGCAUCGCGUCAAUGCCGCGGUCAAGUUGCACCCUGGGGUGGUGGCGGCGCCGCUAGUGCUGGGCACGCUGGGAGGCUGCGGCGGCCGGCUGCUGGUGGAUGCCUUUAGCCACUGCGCCGGCUACAAGCAAGGCCCCAACGAGCUGUCGCACCCAGGCUAUGUGCUGCGCAGCGCGGCCACGGGCGCCCUGCUGCAGUACCUGCUUGUGCACGUGUCGGGUGUGCUGACCAGCCAGCAGGGGCUGGGCCUCGUCAUCUCGCUCUACGUGGCGCACAGCCUGGCAACAGACCUGACCUACCUGCGCCUAAGCUUGCAGUGCACGUGA